AGAUGUGAGGGAGAUUUCUGGGCAGCUUGAAUGGUACACUAGAAUCUUUGAAGCUGUUCAUCAUGAAGACUGCUGUCAAGAUGGUUUUAUUCAAGCCAGAAACUCGCCCCAACAUUCUUCAAAGAUUCUAGAGCUCAUCUUGAAACGAUUCGCCAUGGACGAUAUGAAAAGCAAGCUGCAACUGCUUGAAGAGCAUUACAAGUCAUGGCGAAUAAAACAGCAAGAGGAAACGGCGAGAAUCAAACAGGAUUUCGAACGACGAUUGGCGAAAUUAAAUGAGGAUUAUUUGGCAUCGGUAAAGAAAAUUGAUUGUGAUUUUAGUGCCAAAAAGGAAGCGUUAAUAAAGCGGUACAACGAAAAAGGUGGCUGCAAACGGACGGAAAGUAAACAGCUUCUUGCAAUCGGUAAAGUGAUACCGCAGGAUGUCAUUAAUAGCACAGCCGAUUUAGAAGAAAACAUUUUCCAACAUCACCAUUCCGAACUUCAAACAACAGAAGAAAUUCCAGCCCCUCGAUGUGUUACUUAUGAUGUCAAGCUUGUAGAGACCGUAUUCCAUCAGAACGCAAACGUUUCUACUGCACCCGAAAAUUUUGCUGAUUUAUCUAUUGUUUGUACCGGGAUAAGUAUAGUGCGAAUGAAUGAAUCGACGCUAUGGCAACAAGUGUGUCGUAAACCACAUGCAACUGUAUACGAGGCGGCGCGCGUUGGUAAAGAGUGCUCUGUGCACGGCAAGUGGUACGAAAAUGAUGCAGUGGGAGAAUUAAAACUAUGUCUGUUAAAUUAUGAGAUUCAAAAUUUUGUUGAAUCAAAAAUCUUCGAUCCGGGAGGUGUAUGGUUUAUUACUCCUGGAGCAAACAUGAUAUUAACACAUAUUAGUUAGAUGAUGUAAAUUUAUUAGUCGUAUAAUUAAUCAGCUAGUUACCAGUUUCACGGGAGGGAGAAUGUUAGAAUGAGAAUUUUUAGUGAAUCUGGCAACAGUGAAAUCGUGCGCCACUGAAACUGCUUCAGAAGUGUUUAGUUGUAAGUGAAACAGUGAGAAGAUGUGAGGGAGAUUUCUGGGCAGCUUGAAUGGUACACUAGAAUGUAAGUUUGUUUGUAUUACCGUUUAGAAUUAUGAGCUAAUAAGCAAUAAAUUAUAGCUUUGAAGCUGUUCAUCAUGAAGACUGCUGUCAAGAUGGUUUUAUUCAAGCCAGAAACUCGCC